UCAUUGCUGAGGAGUUUACAGACGCGGCGGGGGUUUUUCUCUCCCCCUGACUUCACCCCCCAGUUUACCUCCGGACCAGCCUGAAAUGGACUACUCCACUUCUCCCAGCAACCUGCACGCAUUUUGAAGUGUUUGCGUUUUAGCUCAUUUUUCUCCACACAAGUCAGCAGGAUGGCUGAGAAGGAGCCCGAAUCGUCAGGAAAACUAGAGACACUAUUAUUAUAGCCUGGAUUUUUUUCGGAAUAGGGGGCACAUUUCUUUUUACAACUUUCCCCUCUGUGGAUAAUGGAUGGCAGAGAUUUCGGACCUCCCAGAUCCGUCCAUCUGCCGCCUCCGUUGUUGGCGGGGCUCGCAAUGGAGUCUCACCGACUCGGAGCAGCAGCGGCAGCCGGGAGGAUCCCUCCCUCUCCCGGUCAUUUGGGCGCUACUCACCCGCCGCCUCUUCACUCUGGAAAAUUCCUGCCAUCGGCCAUUAACCUACAUCCACACCACAGUGAUGCCUUCCCGACAGGCUCUAGUCCCUUCCUGUCAGGUUAUCCAGGCCCCUCCCCCCUGACCUCUGACCCUGCUUACAGAUCAGCCAAUCCCAGCAGUCUGCAGAUGGCUCAGCUCUGGGCAUCACACGCUCAUGAAGGUUACCCUCCGCUGCCGAGCAGCCUGUACUCCAGCCCCUACCUGUCGCUGGGGCACCUCGACCCCCCCUCGCUCUCCCAGCACCCUCUCUAUGACUCACAUAAAGAGGGUUUUUUCCUGCCCGCCUCUUUAAGCCAGUCUCUCCAUCCUCCGUCUGCACACCCAACCGCCCCGUCCAGCUCAACACCCCCUCAGAGGACGUCCCGGGAUUGCGGUAGGGACCGGCCCUACCGGGGAGAGAGGGAGAGGGAGAGAGAGAGGGACAGGGAGCGCGAGAGGACAAGAGAGGAGCAGCGGCCUCACAGUGUCGUCGACCUGACACAAGAAGGGAGGAGCGAAGAGGACCGCCGGGCGAGAAGUGGCGAUCGGGACCGAGAGAAAGAAAGGGACCGGGACUCGGAAAGAGAAAGUUGGCCUUUUCAUCCUCUCCUCCACCAGCAGAAAUCACAUUCUCAGCCCUGCACAGUGGAGACAAGACCCAGGCCCUCACCUCCACAGCCCUCCUUCCCCUCAGGGGGAGGUGUGGGCAGGUUCCAUGGACCAGAAACUGACAGGGGGGUGCGUGAUGAAGAGGGCAUCUCUCGACCCCAUCACAACCACAACUCAAAUAACUCAAACUCCCAAUUGGACAGACUGAGACGGAAUGACUCGGAGGCCACAUCAGCGGGGGCUCUCCACAUGUCCUAUGUCCUCCCCCCUGUGCUCCAGCCCUCCGUUGCUGGUCUCCCCCACCCUUCCACAUCCAGAGAGUCUAUGAGAGAGCAGCGAGUCAUUGCACCGACAUAUGUGCCUUCUGUGGAGGUUUACGACGAGCGGGCUGGGCCCAUCCAAAUUGCCUCACAGGCCCGUGACAACAAAAACAGUGACAAACAAAGAGACAGGGAGCGGGAACGGGAGAGAGACAGGGAGCGGGAAAGGGAGAGAGACAGGGAACGGGAGAGAGACAGGGAGAGGGAGAGGGAGAACUAUAGGUUUCCUGAAAGGAGCCUGAUGGAUCAUCCUCGACUCUCCCAGUCCGGCGAUUCAAGCAAUCAAAGAGAGGAAGGUUCUAUAAUUUGUUCCAAUGGUUCAAUUGGAAAGCGAGGUCAGGACACAUUGUACUCGUCCAGUCAAUCAAGGUUCAGCCCAGAAAGCAGAGACAAGCACUCUGUUCGGAUGGGUAUGGAACGAGCAGGGGCGGAGCCUAAGUGGAAUAACAUCAGCCCGCUGGCUAACUAUGCCACGACUCACAUGGCUGCUCUGGCAGCCCAACACGGACACAGACUCUCCUCACCGCACAGCCAGUCUCCACAAACACAGAUUUCCCAUUCCCCUCAUGCAACUCACCGGCCCAACAGCAACACACACUCCCGCAGCCAUUCUCCACAGACGCACACUUCACAACACGGACACGGGCGUGCGGGGGAGGAGGGGAGUCAGAGACGUUACCUGGACCCGUCGGCUCUCUACCGAACUGGAGGCUCACUAGUGGGAGGGUCCAAUGGUGGAGAGCGAGGUGGGGCAGCUGGCUCGGACCCCUCCGAGGUUUCAGCCAUGCAGAGUCUGAUCAAAUACAGCGGAAACUUUGCUUCUGAAGGUCCUGGCUCGUCCAGGCAUGCCACAGAUAGCAGAGUGCCAUUCGGAGGUCUGGGUAGCAUUCGCAUGAAUGCUGAAAGAGAACUGGAGAGGGAGAAAGAGAGAGAGAGGGAGAGGGAGAGGGAGAGAGAAAGGGACAGGGAAAGGUUAGUGGUUGGAGCGAGUGUUUCAGGGGCAUUAAGGGUUCCUCCUCAGCUCAAGAGAGAGCAGGAGCGGCCGGACAGUGCCCGCUCAUUUGGCCGCGAGGCAGAAGGCGAGGUGCGUCACCCUCCGGUUGGCAUUGCUGUAGCAGUGGCUCGGCAGAGAGACAGUGGGAGCAACACCAAACCAACAAGUGGAUCCUCAGACUCACAACGGCCCCUACUGCAAACUGCUAUUAAAGACGAGGAGCGGGGGGAGGAGCGCGCUCAUCACCACGAUGACAGAUUGUUGGCCAGCCGGCUUGAGCGUGAGCAGGAGAAAGUGCUUCGAGAGCCCAAAGAGCUGGCAGAGUUUUCUCAGAUGCACCCUGCUCCUUUGUCUGGCGGCCUGACACCCAGUAUGAUGACACCCAGCCUCAUGACCCCCAACCUUAUGGUGACAGGGGCAGGGCGUUGGCCCCCAGACCCCUCAACUCUGACCUCUCACCCUUGGAUGCCCCGGCCUGGAGCCCCUCCAGUCUGGCUAUCCAGCACACCCUACAGCCUUGGACCCUCCUCACUGCACCAGACUCUCCCCCCAGGCUACCCACCCUCUCUACAAGGUUCCUUACCCCCUUCCUACCAGUUUGCCAGGGACCCACAGUCUGGACAGCUAAUAGUCAUCCCUACUGAACACCUGUCCCACUAUGCAGGAGGCGAUGUACUGGAGCGUGGAGCCCCGGUGUGGUCAGGGGUAUAUGGUACAGGCAGCUCGCUGCAACACGCGGCCCAACUCCAGCUCCUCUCCCAGCACCAGAUGCUGCGACAACAGGAGCUCCUCAUGAUCCAGCAGCACACCGCACAGGUCCUGGAGUUGCAGAGGAGCGCACAGCUCGUCGAGCGGUUAAAGGCCAGUGAGCACCGACCUGAAAUAGAAGACAAACCAGACAAGCGGAACACAGAGCCCAAACCAAGACCUUCCUCAAUAUCUUCCCCUUCUCCUUCGCCCGUUCUGCACCUUCGCAAACCUCCCCCUCCCUCUCGCUCACCAACCCCGUCGACAUCUUCCCUCACCUCGCUGCCUCCGCUCCCCUCACCGGUGACCACCCUUAAGUCAGAGGAAGGAGGGCAGAGGGUGUUGGUGCACUCACCAAUGCCCCUGCCUCACCCGCCUUCCCCCCGCUCAGCCUUGCCACCCCCGUCCUCACCACGGCAGCCUAAACAGGAAACAGCCGAGGUGGAGGAGAUGGGGCGGAGGAGUCAGAGGGAGGGACAUAGGCCAGGCUCUGCUCCCUUUCAGGGCAUCUACUCUGAUCUCCCUCCAGGUUACCCAUACCAGUCUAUCACUGCUCCAUUUAGCUCUCCUUUCCCCUCUUAUCCCAUCCCUCCACGUUCAGGGGCAAACACAGAACUUCUACCAACCCACUGCUCCCACUCCUCACCCUCAGCUGCCCCUUUGCCUUCAACGCACCUUCAUUCAAGGCUCCUGGACACAGACAUCAAGUCACAGAAGCUAGAGCCAUCAAAGACGGGAUCGUUCCUUAAACAGGAACCCAAUGUGGAGCAGCCUCAGUUGGACAUGACACCAGAACCUCUGCCCCCCCUUUACCGGAGCAGCCAUCCUCGUGCUAGUGAGGACAGAGAGAAAGAUGGGGAAGCAACAAAGCCCCAGCUUCAGCCACUAUCUCUGCACAUCCCUGCUCCUCCACCACAGCAAGAUGAAAAGCUGGACGUCAGGGAGGCAGAGAGGGAAAGGGGGAAAAUCAAAAUGGAAGUGUCGUCUUACUCAUGUCAGGCAGCAUAUUCUUCACCUCCUCUACUCACCGAAGCUGAGCCCAAACCAAAGGCCAUCCAGCAUCCAGAGCGAACACGAUAUCCUCCAUGCAUCACUGCAGAUUCAGACUGCCAGGAGUCUGCACAGAGUCAGAGUGUGCUACGAGAGCAAACCACCGGCACUGUGUGUGAACGAGAGCAGCAACAUGACACUCCAACUGACUUGCACAUUCCCAAUCAGAAAGAAAUGGUUGCAGAGACUCCUGUUUGUCCUCCUACCACCUCCAACUCUCCACCCCCGCUGGUAAUCGGUCCCGAGGAUCCCAUGGCAGGGAUGCUGGCCCUGCUGGCAGCCAGUGAAAUGGCCUCCCAGACCCGUCCCAACACCCCACCUGCCCCGAUACUACUACCGCAGACGGAAAACCCUCCUGCGAGUGCUGACUGCAGCAGCACGGGGACUCUGGAAAUGGUGGCGCUGGAGGGGAUGGCCCUGCUCAGCCAAAUGGCCCAGAGGGAGAUGGAGAACAUCAGCCAAGGGCAAGAUCUGACAUUAGAGGGUCUGGACUGUCUUCUUGAGGCCAGCAGACAGAUCCUGUUGGAGGCCAUAGAGAAACAGUCCCACAUCGAUCUGCCCAGAACACUGGACCCCAACAAGAAGUACAGCUGGAGGCAGAGGAAGGAGGAACCGCUGUAUAGUAAAAUGUCUGACAUGUUGGACACAGUGGAGGUGGAGUACCGCGUCCACCUGGCUGAGCUGCAGAAGACGUAUAAAGACAAGCAGAGAGAGCUGAGCAAGCUGCAGAGACGCAGAGAUAAGCAUGAGCGGCAGCAGCAGGAGGAUGAGAGGAGGAGUCUCACAAGACGAGGCAGAGGGCGACCGAGGAAGAGAAAACAUUUGGUCACACCUCCCAAACUGGACAGCAGGCCUGCAAAGGUGGGUAAGACAGUGCAAUACUCUGAGGACUCUGAAGCUGGGGAAGGACAGAGGAAAAGGUUCCGUGUGUCCAGAGAAGAGGAGGAGACGGAGACGGGGAGUGGAGGAGUAAAGGUGAAAAAGAAGAAAAAGAAGAAGAAGAGCUGGAAUGAGCAGGAGCCGUCCACCAGUCAUGCUGUGGAGGUGUUGAAGGCAAAGCAAGGCCACGUGUGUGAGCAGGAGCAGCUGGCGUCGGACCUCGACCGGGCUCUUUCACUCUCACAGCUCAGCUCCCUCGGAGCGUCCCGCAAACUGGCCUCCAGCACAAAACUAGACAGGUCAAAGGGCAAGUCUGUCGACAGUCGGAUAAAAGAGCGUUCCAUUCAUUCCCCUGCCAAAGGAGGGAAACACAAAAUGACUGCCAAGGCUUCCACUUCAGAGACCAUCCAGAAAGUGAAAGGUCAGAAGAAGACCGCUUUGUUCUCACCUGUGAGAUCAGAGCUCAGCAGCUGCUCCAACAACUCAGAUUCAGAGGAGCACAGUUCUGCUCGCGGGGGCUGGCCCCCUCUCUCAGGCACACGUUCCCAUGGCAACCUGACCAGGAAGAGGCGGUCCGCAUCAUCGCCGACAUCCCUGCCGUCCAGUCAGAAGUCUCAGAAGAAGAAACACAAGCACUUAUCCCUGCUGCUGGAAGAAGCAGGCCUCAGCUCCUCUGAUGACUCCUUCGACCAAGAAACCUCUGAGGAUGAUUAUGACGACGAAGACAAUGAGGAAGAGUCUGAUUCCGAUGAUGGUGGCUGUGAGGAGAGUGGGCUGGGUCUGCUGGCGAGGUUUGCGGCGAGCGCGAUCCCCGUCAGCUCGGCCCCUUUGAGCCUCUUCCACGAUGGCAAACCCCGCAGCAGGCACAGCACUCUGGGUUCAUCUGAGUGUGAGUGGUCAGACUCUGGCUCAGACUUGCGGCUGAGGAAGUUCCCCUCUCUGCUUCAUGGAAAACGCUCUGCCCCAGAGCUGCCCCUGUUGCCCCCGGCGACCCGCCGCACUGACCAGUCCAGCCCCACCAAACGAGAUGAGGCACUUCCAGCGAAACGCAAGCCUCUGGCCAAAACUCGCCCCUUGCCUCGGUCACCCCGGCGAUUUAGCUUCGACCUGGGCAGCGGCUCUGGGUUUGGAGGCUUCAGUGAGGACGAGGCCUGGAACCGGAGACGCAGCGAGAGGAUUUUCCUUCAUGAUGCCACAACCUCAGCAAAUCAGUUGUCUGUGCCAGCACCUGCUUCCAUUAGUCAGAGCUCGUCCAGCUCCACCCAACCACUCACCUCCAAGCCUGCACCCAGACCUAAACCCAGUCCACCCAGCAAAGAGGGCAAAGAGGGCAAAGAUGUGGUGAAACAGAAAAAGAAGCCAAAGGAUUCUCCUCUGCCCAUGAGCCCGUCCACCCUGUGCAGUCCAAUCACAGACGUCCCCGUGGUGCCGCUGAGUCUCAGCCCGGCACGCAAGAGCCAACCCAAAGCCAAGACCAAGGCCAAAGAGCCUUCCAGAGGAGCAGUGAGUCGACUGAUGGAGAGCAUGGCAGCAGAUGAAGACUUCGAGCCCAACCAGGACAGCAGCUUCAGUGAAGACGAGCUCCUCCCACCGCGCAGCCACAGUGUAUCAGAGAGGGCCUCCACACCUGCUCCAGUGCAGUGUGUGUUGGAUAAGGAUUCUCUGGUGGAUGGACUCAGAGUUUUGAUUCCAAUGGACGACCAGCUGCUGUACGCUGGACACGUGAACACUGUACACUCCCCUGACAUAUACAGCGUGGUGGUGGAGGGAGAGAGAGGAAACCGACCACACAUCUACUGUUUGGAACAGCUGCUGCAGGAAGCUAUCAUUGACGUGAAGCCUCCAUCCGUGCGCUACCUCCCAGAGGGCACCCGCAUCGCUGCCUACUGGAGCCAGCAGUACCGCUGCCUUUACCCCGGCACUGUCGUCAAUGGAAGUUCAGAUAUUGACGAGAACGAUGAUCUGAUCACAGUGGAAUUUGAUGAUGGCGACACAGGCCGCAUCCCACUGUCCCACAUCAGACUGCUGCCACCGGACUACAAGAUACACUGCGCUGAGCCAUCGCCUGCGCUGCUCGUCACAAGCUGCUCCAGGAGGCGAGUUCGCAAAUGCAGCAAAGAGGGCAAAGAAGCAGGAACCAAGCCAGAGGAGACGACUCCAAAGAUUAAAGGAAAACCAGGUCGCAAGCCCAAACCCAAACCAGAGUCCAACAUGAACCCAGACAGCCGAGAGAAAAGCGAUCCUCCGCCUUCCUCCACCCAGCCUGCAGAGAGACCCCUGGCUCAAGCUAAACCUAUCCAGGACAGGACCUCCUCGGUCCAGAAGGCAAGUCAAGAAAAGCCCCGUCCUACUUCCCGGCCAACAAUGGGCACUCAGACAAAACCAGGCCGCAAAAGCUCCACCACUUCCCCCACAAGGAGUCCUACGCUUCCUAAUGCAGCACCCAGGAAAAGCAGCUCAGCCCAGUCUUCUCCUUCUAAACCAGCCCGAACUCUCCCUUCAUCCCUUUACCCGUCCACCUACGGAAAAGUCCUGACUGUGGACUUGUACAGCGAGCCCAACCUCAGCUCCUACAACAACCAGCGUAGAGAACGGGAGAAUACCAACGGUGUCAGUCCCACCACCAACAGACCCAUGUCCAGACCCACGUCAACAUCUACGACAACCAAGCCCAGUGCUUCAUCCACACCCAGGCCCUCCUCUGCCACCACACCCAGGCCCUCCUCUGCCACCACACCCAAAACCAAACCCUCCUCAGACCAUCACAAUGGCUCUAGAACCAACCUCAACUCUGGACUAAAUAUUAGCCCCAUCUCUAGGCUACCAUCGGGCAAAACUGGCUCUUCACUGACUGGUAGACCUUCAUCAUCAUCCUCUUUGUUAUCAUCAUCAUCAUCAUCAUCAUCUGCUCCCAGACCCAAACUAAAGAUGCCGUCUGACCAGAUGACCUCCAGCUCCAGACCAAACCCCAUCUCCAGGCCCAAGCACAGCUCAGGGCAAAGUGACGGGGGCUCAGUAGUGAGGCGGAAGUCCCUGUCUGUGGAGCCCCUGGUGAAGCUGGACCAUGAGGGGGUCACCUCUCCCAAGACAAAGAAGACCAAGGCUCUGAUGUUGUUAGAGGGCCGGGGAGUCCGACGAGAUCAUGCGCCCAUCACCACAGCUUCAGCCAAUCAAAAACUGCUAAAAGAGAAGCUGAGAGCUCCAGAUAGAGACAGUAGCCUGCCGGAAAAAGACUCCACCUACAAAGCACCAGUGUUGUCUAAGGAAAAGGCAGAAAGCCGAGGAAGUGUCGGAAGAGGACUGGAGAUGGAUGGCAGGGAGGAGAAAGUGAAAAAAGAAGAAAGAAACGAGGUGGAGAAAAGAAAGGAAAGAAAGAUGAAGGAGGAGUCUCAGAGUAGCAGCAGCUCAGAAUCAGAGGAAGAAGCUGAGAAAGGGAAUAUGAAGAAAAAGAAGAAAUGCACCUCAAGCUGCUCUUCCUCCUCCUCAUCCUGUUCUGGUUCCUCCUCCUCUUCUUCAUCGUCAUCGUCGUCAUCGUCCUCUUCCUCCACCGACGACUCGUCCUGCAGCUCCGAUGAAGAGAGGACCCCCACACCUCCACCGGUCUCCCCGCCUCCAGCACCAGACAAGCCGGAUGAAGAGACUAAAGAGGAAGAGGAGGAGGUGAAAGAGGAGAUGGAGAUAAAAGUAGAGGAGGAAGAGGAGGACGAGGAAGAUGAGGAGGGGGAGGAGGAGGAGGAGGAGGAGGAACUGUCACCUUCCUCGCCAUCCCCGUCAACCUCCCCAACUCCCACUGCUUCUGCUGCCACUAAACCUGCUAAACCAGCCACUGGGAAGGGGUCCGGUCAACGAGGUCGUCCCCCGAAACCCAAGCCAACUGGAGGAGAAGGAAAAGUGGGGAGACCAAAGCGGAGAGAGGGCGUCCACCUCCCCACAACCAAGGAACUGGCUAAACGUCAGAGGCUGCCCAGUGUGGAGAACAGGCCCAAAAUCUCUGCUUUUCUUCCAGCCAGACAACUCUGGAAGUGGUUUGGGAAACCAACGCAGAGACGCGGCAUGAAAGGCAAGGCCAAGAAGCUCUUCUACAAAGCCAUUGUCCGAGGCCGAGAGAUGAUCCGCAUCGGCGACUGUGCCGUGUUCCUGUCCGCCGGUCGACCAAACCUGCCCUUUAUCGGACGUAUCCAGAGCAUGUGGGAGUCCUGGGGCAGCAACAUGGUGGUCAGAGUCAACUGGUUCUAUCAUCCAGAGGAGACCAACCCUGGCAAGAAACUCACUGACAAGAAGAACUGGGAUCAAAUAUGUGGCCAGUCUUUACCAGCAGCUCUGCACUCCUCUAUUCAGAGGAAAGACUUCAUGGAGCGCGCCCUGUACCAGUCGUCUCACAGCGAUGAGAACGACGUGCAGACGGUCAGCCACAAGUGCCUGGUGGUGAGCGUGGACGAGUACGAGCAGAUGACCCACACGCGCCGCUACGCCGACAGCGAAGACCUCUACUACCUGGCCGGCACGUACGAACCCACCACCGGCAUGAUCUUCAACACGGACGGCGUCCCGGUCAUCUGCUGAAAACGAGAAAAACUCUGCGAGUCCCUGAGUCCCAAAAUCACGAUCCGACUCCCUAACCCUGGACCUGGAUCGGAGUCAAAUCCGAACCUGUGGUCUAAUCGCUGAUCUUCAGCCGUGGUGGAUCCUCUUGCUGCCGUGUGACUCACGAUCUCAACCACUCCAGUUCCACAGUACACUUCAGACAGACUGUCAUGACAGCUGACUGCUACUAACGACAACAGGAGACACUACAGACAGUAUUAAGAGGAACAUGUCUCCUGAAAUCUUUUCACACACACACACACACACACAGACUCCAUUUACACGUUCUGUUUUUGCUUUGUCGUGUGUGUUCACUGGGACACUUCAGAACACACACACACACACAUACACAUACGAGUACUUCGGUUUCCUUUUACAUGUAAAUAUAUCCUGCAUAAACACACAAACACACACAUUUGUACACCCAUGUGCACACAGACACUCGCGAAUCACGUAACACACACACAUACACACGCACCGUUCUAUAGAGGAUAAUAUGAGUGUUUUAUUUUCAUGUAAUAGAUUUAUGUCAGAGUAUCUUUUUUCUAAAGAGGCGAAACAGUCGAGAAGCUUUAAUGAACUGUGAAUGAUACAGAAGAGAGGCGUCUGUCCGCCUGUCUCCCCCCCCCCCCCAGACAGACGGAUGGACGUGCCGCUGGUGUGAUGUUGUGAUUCUGAUGUUGCCGUGGUGAUGUUACAGUCAUGUUACAGUCAUAUAAAUGUAUCUACAGAACAGUAGGAGCGACAGACCGAUGCAAAAAGAGGAAGAGAUGCACAGAAAGAGAGAGGUAUAGACUCCCUCCAUUACUAUAUAUAUAUAUAUAUGUUAAAAAAAACAAAACAGAGCACUUAAAAAAACACUUAAAGUCUGUCCUUUUUUUAAUUUAACCCCUUCAAUUCCCCUUGACAAUCCUUUGUCGGGCAGGCAGACUCUGUCCGUAUGCUAUGAAAACUUCUGACUCCCUGAGAGACUCAGGCCUAAGGAGAGAGGGAGGGAUCUUCACGUUUCAAGCUAUGAGUUCCUUAUCCUUAAAGGGAAAAAUCCACCCGCCGAAUACACUUUAAACACUAUGUUAUCAAAACAGAGCUGCUGGUGAUGCAUUUUAAUUUGUGUUGUUUUUGCCCAUUUUGCACUGAGGUUGAACAACAAUGAAGGGACAAGCACAUCCUGAAGUAGGCACUGUUUUGUUUUGGUUUUUUAAAGCAAGAAAAACAGUUAACCAGUUCAAGUGAACAACCACUGGACAAACUUACAGUGUAGGAGUCCCACAGGGUGGAUUUUUUCCUUUUUUCUUAAGGUAUGUCGGUGUUUUCAUGGUCAUAAACACUGCAGCCAUUCUAAGAUGCAUGAAGGUCAUGGCACUGAUGUACAGUGCAGAGCUGCCAGCACUGAUUAGAUUAAGAAAAUAACAUUUUUGUAACACUCAUCCCUCACAGUGUGGCCUCAUCGGUGCAGUUUGGCUGCAGUGUUUGUCACCUCUAAAUGUCCUGUGUUGGAUGUAUUUUUUAUAUUUCCUUUUGCUUCUGCUGUUUUUAUGGAUGUCCAUCUCACCCCCACAACCCCCUCUGCUAAGCAAUCAUAUUUGACAUGAGUGCACUUUGAAUGAGCUCCACUGCUGCAGAGGAGAAUCAUAUAUAUAUAUAUGAUCCUAGAGUAUUUGCUAAACCCCGGUCCACUGCACUCACUGGCUCUCCUCUGUGUGCAGGUGAUGCCUGAUGCCCUGUCGCCCUCGAAUUUAACGCAGUGUUCUUAUAUCAGUUCCCUAUGAAUUUUUCUACGUGCCUAGUUUAAGCGUGUUUAGGGUGAGACUGUUGAAUGUUGUGCUCAGGGUUGUGGCCCCUGUGCUUGGCCGUGCUCCUCCAGGCCAGAUCUCGCCCUGUUCUCCCUUCGUUUCCCCCUCGGCUCCUCUCGGUGCUGCGGACAAAUCAGACUGGUAUUUUCUCCAGUCUGUUGAUGCCGGUGAACACACACACCUCUCUUUGAGGUAAAAAAAAAAAAAAAAAAGACCCCUCCGUUCCUGAGUAAGAGCGUGUAUCAGUAUACAGUAAAUGUAUACGUGUAUAUCUGGUUAUCAUGUUGAUUUUCUUGUAUGUGUCAUGCCACGUUGCCCUCUCUCUCUCUGCUUCGCUGCAGAGAUUAACGAUUGUCUUGUUGAUAUUCAAUAGGUUUGAUAUUUUCUAUUCUCUAGGAAUCGUUUGGUUUUGUCUGAUUUCACGAUGGGCUGAACCCUAUUUUUAUUCACACCAAGACGUUGUUAAUGUGACCUUUUCCCCAACGAAGCCACAAAAAGGACUUUCGCCCGUAGCUCACGGCAGCAUUUCACUACACCUUUGUCUAAAAUCCGCUCAGAGUGAGUUUGGCAAUUUGCUGCUACUCCCGUUUGUGCUGAAGGUGGUUUAAUCGGUACACGUGCUGUUUUCUGAGAUUAGGAAAUAGCAUCUCUAGCUGCUGCUCUUAUAUUUGGAUUCCUUGGGGUCAGACACUGACAGAAGGUCAGAUUAGUGCACACACAGACACACGUAUGUUCUGCACUUGCUCAAGUGCCCCGUUAGAGAAUCUUUGCUUACCCCAGGAGCUGCUAAAGCACUUUUUUCUGUGUGUGUGUGUUUGACAGAGUGCUGUCACACCUUUAUCCUCUUUUAAGGUGUGUUUUAUUGCCUUCCAAUCAUCUUUUAGCCCCCAUCUCCAUGCAGAGCCCAGCCUUACACCUUCAAACAGGGUCCAACGCACACACACAACACACUUUUUACCUACUUUGCCUACAUUGUUUUUUUUUUUUUUUUUGUCAUAUGUUUUAAGAGCCUGACUUUCCUACAUGUUCUCUCGAUCACAUUUAAGUUUGAUCUAUUCUUUUUUUCCCCUCAUCUAAUGUCUGUCUGUUUGUUUUUAUUUUGCUUCCCCUCUCUGAACAAUCAUCCACGCCUAUCAAGCAAUACUGCUGACAGGCACUGGGAGCUAGCUGCUAGAGAGAGAGAGAGAGAGAGAGAGAAAGAGAGAGAGAGGAGAGAAUGAGUAAGAGAGAGAGAGAGGUGGACUGGAGGCUGGUUCUUCGUCUGCUGUUCCUUCAGUAUCGUUAUCGUCCUGUUACAGAAAGGAAAGAAGAAAAAAAAAAGAUUAUUUUGAAAAUAAAUAGAAAAAAAUCAUCUAAGUUUUGUAAAUGUUCCUUCACUUCUUUGUUGAAGGGGAGAAAAAAAAAGCUAUCAGAAUAUACUUUGUAAAACGUCUAAU